AUGGUGUACACAACAGCAUGCGAAAGCUGUCGCAAGGUGCGAAUGAAAUGCAUUCGCCCAUCCCGGGGUAUGGACCAGUCCGAAACUUGUGAACGCUGCGAGCAAAAUCACGCCGAGUGCAUCACCAUCAAGCGUCGCGUCGGACGCCAGCCUGGAGUCAAGAACCGGAAACGCAAAGGCGAAGUCUUGAGCGAGCACCAUCAAAGCAAGUAUCAGAUUGUACAUCAAGAGCAUACUAUCCCGAGGGAUGUGAUAGAUCAUUUGCCCAACCCGCUGCAUGUGCUGGCCUCGGAGGCUGUGAGACGACAGUCGUCGCCAGAGACGUCGGAUGACCAGAUAUCACAUGCUUCCACUUCUACGCGUACCAGCAAGACCAUUGUUGACCAAUACUCUGAAUGGGCGGACAAGUUGCACCCAAAUGCCGGGGCAGGGAGGGAAGCUAUCAUGAUCCACUUGGAUAAGCUGUUGUCUAUGGGCCCGCGCCCGCAUGCUGUAGAUGCUGAGGAACCGUCGGUCUUUGUUGGGAGAACAGACAUGGCAAGGCCAGAUGCAUCACCCGAGAACGAUGUGAUCUCUUUACGAAUCAUCUCAUUGGCCGACGCGCAGCACCUCUUUGACAAAUUCAUGACCUUGAUCAUCAAUGGAUCCAAGUACUUUGACCCCCGCAUACACACCCUCUCAUAUGUCCGCUCCCGCUCCUCCUUCCUCCUCGCCGUUAUCCUCGCCAUCGCCUCCACCUACAAACCCCUCUGCCCCUCGUCAAUCCUUCACUCCCACCUCAUGUCCCACGCUCUGAAGCUUGAAACGACCGUCCGGAAUAAUCACCUCAAAUCUAUCGAGAUCAUCCAAGCGCUUUUGCUGCUAGCGAGCUGGACAGAAGUGCCGUGUACGCUGUCGAGAGAUAAGACGUGGAUGUUUGUUUCGCAUGCUAUUGCACUGGCGGUGGAAUUGCGGCUGGACUCGCCUUUGCCACACUGUGUACAGACGGAUCCAAUGUUUGACAAGAACAACCAGGAUCUGCUCGUGAGGAAUGCGCAUCGAGUCUGUUUGUUGAUGUUUAUUCAUGACCGAAACAUGGCAAUGGUGGCAGGGCGACAUCCCAUUAUUCGCGAUACCAGUCUUGUAUCGACCGAAUCUCUCUCCAAAUGGGGCAAACACGCCCUCGCACACAAAUUUGACGCCCCCAUCUGUGCUUCCGUCUCCCUUCGCAAGCUAGUCACUGUGGCCCACGUCAAAUUGACCACCCACAAUUUCGCCGACUUUGCGGCAGGAAAGGAAUUUAUUGACAGGGGCAUGGCGGAUUGGCGCAAGAGGUGGGCUGUCGAGAGUACUUCGACGCACGAAUACGAUAUCAUUGCCCGAUUCUCCGCCUUCGUCCUCGCCCUAGCACUCGUCAAGAAACGUCAAGCGACAGGACAUAUCGAGAGCGAAGCGCGAAAAGUGUGUGAGGCGUUGGCAUUUGAUGUCUGUUGCGGGGCAAUCAAUCAUUACAAGACCUGGCAAGGUUUGCCCAACUCUGCCACCUUUGACACUAGCAUGGUCGCCUUUUGCGCCAUCUACACUCUCCAAUCGAUCCACCUCACCGCGUCCCCCUUCCUAUCCGACUGGUCCCUCCUCCGGCUCGCGACCCUGCAAGAACUCCUCUCAUGCCUUGAAACCCAAGCAGACGAGCGCCACGGGGUGGAUACAGAAGGAAGUCUGAGUGUGGUGGAGCAGGUCGCGAGGGGGAUUAGGAAUCUGUUGGGGAAAAAGCAAAUUUGGAGAGGGGGAUCGAGGGGAUCUUUCCGGGAAUCAGAAGAUGGAGAGUACUAUGGGUUGUCGCAGGCGCACAACCUCCAACCCGACCCUUACGCAACCUCCAACAACCACACCCACAAUCAGUCAACAAACGCCCCCUCUUGGCCCACAAAUAGCACAAUGGACGACCUCACGCAUUUCUUAUAUGCGGCCACCGACGGCAGUCUACCUUUCAUGGCAGAUUGGGAUUUCGAGGGUCUCUUGCCUUCUUACGGCUCGAAUACCGCCAACGCCAGCCAUUCGGGCGGGGCUGGUAGGGACAUGUCGACUUUUGGGGUGGAGACGAGUUUUACGGGGAGUGAUCCUGGUUCGGUGGCAGAGAUGAGUCAAGGGGUCAAUAUGCAAAACAUGUUCAACAUGGGUUGUAAGUGA